AUGUCCCAAUUCGUUGGAUUUGAAGUCCAAGUGGAACUAAAAGAUGGUAAGUUAAUUACUGGUAAAAUUGCUAAAGCUACUAACAAAGGUUUGACUUUGAAUAAUGUGAAAUUUAGUGAUGGUGGGAGAUCACAAGCCUUUAAAGUUCGUUCUUCAAGACUUAAGGAUUUGAAAGUUUUGAACGUUGCCAAAAAGAAAGCAGUAUCCAAUAAUAUCAAUGCGAACAAUGCCAAUAAUAACAAUAAACAAAGGCAGAUAUCAAAUGAAAUAGGCAAUGGGAAUGCAAAUGAGAUUGAUUGGAAAAAUGACGAUGUGGAGAAGAUCAAGCAAGAUGAAGAUUUCGAUUUUCAAGGUAAUUUGAAUCUAUUUAACAAAAAAGAUAUAUUUAACCAAUUAAGAGAAUAUGACAACAAUAAUAACAUUACUCAUGUCGUAAAUAAAGAUCACUAUCAAAAUAAUGAAAUGAUUGUUACAGGCAAUGAAAAUGUAAACAAUGACGAAGACGAAGAUGAGGAUGAUUAUGAAUUCGAUGAUAUUGAUGAUCCAAAUUAUUUACCUAUAACGAAAUCCAUCAAUAUUACGCAUUUAUUACAUUCUGCCGUUAGUGGUAGCAAUGAUAAGGAUGCUAAUAGUCAUAAUAUAAAUACGAAUAAUAAAGAUGUCCUUCAAAAUAUAGAAAAUUUACUUCUAAACGAAACAUUGAAUAAAAAUACGAACAAUGUUGUUCAUGAUGGACAAUCUUUAAACUCUUCAACAUCAUCUUUACAAUUACAAUAUCAACCUCAACAACAAAACACAGUAAAGGAUUCCAAAACGAAUCAAAACAUCCCCUUAGUUACUCCAAUACAGUUAUUGGAAAUUGAAAGAAUUAAUUUUGAAAAAUUCCAUAUUAGUACAGAUUCAUUAGCAGAAAAUUUUGCUAUCAAUUCAUCAUAUUUUUUGAAAGAUAAAUUGUUAGAUAAAAGUAAAAAUAAGAAUGACAAAAAUUUUAAGAAUGACAAAAAUAAUGAUAAAAACCCUUUAGCUGUUAUAAUAGCAUCAGAUGUUGGUAGAUCAGGCCUUAAAGCCAUUUCUUUGGCAAAAUAUUUGGUUCAAUCAAAUAAAAUAGAUGUCAUAUUAUUAUUCGUACAAUCGUCUUUCUCUAACAAUGCAGACAAUAACAAUAGCAAUAAAAUGAGGGAAAUUUCUGAAAAUUUAAAGAUUUUUGAAAAGUGUGGUGGUAAGCUUAUUAUUAGGAACAAUGAUAAAAAUAAAGAAGGUGUCAACAGGAAAAACAUCAUUGAAUCAUUGAAAGCAAUAUUUCAAACAUUAAAUAAUCCAAGUAUUGAACUUGUCAUUGAUGGGCUACAAGGAUUUGAUUGUGAUUUGUUAGAUGAUUUUGACACCGGUUUAGAAUAUGAAUUAAUUGAAAUUCUAACAUGGUGUAACUAUCAAAAAAAUAAUAAGAAUAAUAAUAGUAAUUGUGAACUUUGGUCGAUCGAUUUCCCCUCUGGUUAUGAAUCAAGUACAGGUAUGAAAAACUUUGAGAAUUGUAUUAAUCAUGUUGAUGGUAUAUUGUGUUCUAAUUGGCCAAUAAAUUCCUUGUUGAAUUUGCACAAGACAAUGGAUAAUAAAAAACUUUCCCAUCUUGUAUUAGUUGACACCGGGAUUGCUAAUCAAGUAUAUUUUGAAAAAAAUUCAUUCAAAAAAUUCCAAAAUAUAGAUUUGUUUGUAACAAAGGGUCAUAAAAUAAUCGAUCUAUAA